CCAUGGCAUCAGGGCUGUGAAGGAUUGGGGAGGAUCCCAUGGGGUUGGGGCUGUGCAGGAUUUGGGGGUGGAUCCCAUGGGAUUGGGGCUAGACAGUGGUGGGGGAUCUGCUCCCCGCUGUGCCACAGGACCCCGGAUCCCCCCAGCUCCAACCCCAGCUGCACCCCAACCCCCUCCUCAGCAGGGAUCUGCUGCCCCGCACGGAUCCAACCCCCCCAGGGAGGGAUCCACCGCCCGCAGCCGCCUUUCAGGGAUCCACUCCCCACCCCCCAGCCCGGGAUCCCCCCCUAUCCCUCCGGCUGGGGGCUCGAUCCCGGUGCCCACCGUCCCCCCGCCGCCCCCCGCAGGUGCCGGAUGCCCCCCGGCCGGUUGCCCGCGGCGCUGCCCCGCGCCAUGCGCCUCGUCCGCUUCCAGAGCCCCGGGGGGGCCGAGCCCCGGCUGGGGCUGGAGGAGGAGGAGGGCGGGGGCUUGGUGGACCUCAGCGAGGCCGAGCCCUCGCUGCCCCGCUCCAUGCGGGCCUUCCUGGAGACCGGCGAGCACGGCCUGGCCGCGGCCCGCAGAGCGCUGGCCUCGGGCCAGCACCGCCUGCCGAGGGCGGGGGUGCGGCUGCUGGCCCCCAUCGGUGACCCCGAGAAGGUGAUCUGCGUGGGGCUCAACUACCGCGACCACUGCCUGGAGCAGGACGCCAAGGUGCCCAAGGAGCCCCUCAUCUUCAGCAAGUUCCCCAGCGCCAUCGUCGGGCCCUUCGAUGACAUCGUGCACCCGGCCGAGAGCAGCGAGGUGGACUGGGAGGUGGAGCUGGCUGCAGUCAUCGGGAAGACGGGGCGGCACAUCCAGGAGUCGGCGGCGCUGGAGCACGUCGUGGGCUUCACCGUGGCCAACGAUGUCAGCGCCCGGGACUGGCAGAUGCGGAGGAACGGGAGGCAGUGGCUGCUGGGGAAAACCUUCGACACCUUCUGUCCCCUGGGGCCGGCCAUUGUCACCAAGGACUCGGUGACAGACGUCCACAACCUGAGCAUCCGCUGCAGCGUCAACGGGCAGCUGAUGCAGAGCAGCAGCACCAAGCAGCUCGUCUUCAGGCUGCCCCAGCUCAUCGCUUGGGUCUCCCGGUUCGUCACGCUGCGCCCCGGGGACGUGCUGCUCACGGGGACCCCUCCGGGUGUGGGGGUUUUCCGGAAGCCCCCCGUGUUUCUCAAGCCAGGCGACGAGGUGCGCUGCGAGAUCGAGGAGCUGGGCAGCAUCUGCAACAAGGUGGUGUGAGGACCGAGCCCCCCCCCGCUUCGACCGAGCCCCCCCCGGGCCUCGCCGUGCCGCAGCGGCGUUCAAUAAAUCCGCACGAGGAGGA